AUCUGAAUCAGACAGAAAUCAUCACAUUCUUUGUCACUUUCUGUUUUCAAAAGAUAUGAAGAUGUUCUCCCCAAACCACACCAUAGUGACAGAGUUCAUCCUCUUGGGACUGACAGAUGACCCAGUGCUAGAGCAGAUCCUGUUUGGGGUGUUCCUGGUGAUCUACCUAAUCACACUGGCAGGAAACCUGGGCAUCAUCCUGCUGAUCAGGACCAAUUCCCACCUGCAAACCCCCAUGUAUUUCUUCCUCGGCCACCUCUCCUUUGUGGACAUUUGCUAUUCUUCCAAUAUUACUCCGAAUAUGCUGCACAAUUUCCUCUCAGAACAGAAGACCAUCUCCUAUGCUGGGUGCUUCACACAGUGCCUUCUCUUCAUCGCCCUGGUGAUCACUGAGUUUUACAUCCUUGCUUCAAUGGCAUUGGACCGCUAUGUAGCCAUUUGCAGUCCUUUGCAUUACAGUUCCAGGAUGUCCAAGAAUAUCUGCAUCUCUCUGGUCACUGUGGCUUACAUGUGUGGCUUCCUUAAUGGGCUCUCUCAGACACUGCUGACCUUUCACUUGUCCUUCUGUGGCUCCCGUGAAAUUAAUCAUUUCUACUGCGCUGAUCCUCCCCUUAUAAUGCUGGCCUGCUCUGACACCCAUGUCAAAAAGACGGCGAUGUUUGUAGUUGCAGGCUUUACUCUGUCAAGCUCUCUCUUCAUCAUUCUUCUGUCCUAUCUGUUCAUUUUUGCAGCGAUCUUGAGGAUCCGUUCUGCUGAAGGCAGGCACAAAGCCUUUUCUACAUGAGCUUCCCACCUGACAAUAGUGACUUUGUUUUAUGGAACACUCUUCUGCAUGUACUUAAGGCCUCCAUCAGACAAGUUCGUAGAGGAAUCCAAAAUAAUUGCGGUCUUCUAUAGUUUUUUGAGCCCAAUGCUGAACCCAUUGAUCUACAGCCUACGGAACAAAGAUGUAAUCCUUGCCAUGCAACAAACGAUUAGGGAAAAUGCUUUCGUAAAAUUGCAGUUUAGGUGUCUGUUUAUUUGCAAUCCCUAAGUGCCUG